UGGAAGGCGGCGGGAUCCAUGGCUGUGUUUGAGCAGAUGAGAGCCAACGUGGGCAAGUUGCUCAAGGGCAUCGACAGGUACAAUCCUGAGAACCUGGCCACCCUGGAGCGCUAUGUGGAGACACAGGCUAAGGAGAAUGCUUAUGACUUGGAAGCCAACCUCGCUGUCCUGAAGCUGUACCAGUUCAACCCAGCCUUCUUUCAGACCACAGUCACUGCUCAGAUCCUGCUGAAAGCCCUCACCAACCUGCCUCACACUGACUUCACUUUGUGCAAGUGUAUGAUUGACCAAGCACAUCAAGAAGAACGGCCGAUCCGACAGAUACUCUACCUCGGAGACCUGCUGGAGACCUGCCACUUCCAGGCCUUUUGGCAAGCCUUGGAUGAGAACAUGGACCUCUUGGAGGGCAUUACAGGCUUUGAAGACUCUGUCCGGAAAUUUAUUUGCCACGUCGUCGGCAUUACUUACCAACAUAUUGACCGCUGGCUGCUGGCUGAGAUGCUCGGGGAUCUGACAGACAGCCAGCUCAAGGUGUGGAUGAGCAAGUAUGGCUGGAGCGCCAAUGAGUCGGGCCAGAUCUUCAUCUGUAGCCAAGAAGAGAGCAUUAAGCCCAAGAACAUUGUGGAGAAGAUUGACUUUGACAGUGUGUCCAGCAUUAUGGCCUCUUCCCAGUGACUUUGCAGCAGUAUAAUAAAGAUUUGUUGACUUAG